GAUGAAAUUCGCGAAGUCUGUCUACCCCUCCUACCCAACGCAAAACACUUUCGAUGGCUGACAUCCCACAGAGAGUUGGAACAGGAACUGGUUCCUGAGUGGCGGGCAAAAUAUCUCGAUUACAAGACGGGCAAGAAAAAGCUCAAGGCCAUCACACGAGCAAUCCAGAAGGGGAAUCGAAGUCCCCUCCCCCCAUCCUUUCGAAAUGCUCCCUCCUCCCAUACCGCGGUACAAUCAUCCUUCGAAACACCAACCUCCGAUAAGCCUCUUGAUGGGACGGCACCAGAUGAGCCCUCAUCGCCAAGUGCCCGUCGUCGGGGUUCGAGUUCCCAGCCCAUCCCACGAUCUAAGUCCUCGCCUGGGCAAGAGCGACAGCCAUUACGUACUCCAGGAUCGCGGUUUUCGGAGACUGUAGGGAGCUAUGGGAGCAUUAUAGCGACGCCGCCUGAGCCUCAGGGAAAGGCAGGAUCAGACGGGGCAUCUUUCGAGCUACCGGAUCCUAUAAUGGACCCAGAUGAGUAUGCGUCGCCGGGGCAGGAUACCGACCAGGAAUCAGGUCGUCGCAGGGAAGUCAGGACCCCUUCCCCGGUCAUGACCAGGCGUGCUACAUUUGGCACACCUUCGGCUCAGGCAGGGGGAUACAGUCCGGCAGAUCAAAGGGCCUCGGCGUUGGCAACGCAUCCUACUUCUCAGAGUCUUAGUCUUCAAGGAGAAACUUUGAGCAAGACGAACUCACAAAACCGUGGGUCGCAGCUCCUUCGGCGAGUAUUCUCUCAUACAGAAGGCGAGGGAGCAGGGAAGAAAUCCGCGAUGGACUCUGCAUUUGAUGCUGAAAGACGUCAGGAUGAAUUCUUUGAAUUCUUGGAUAGCGAGUUGGCCAAAAUUGACUCCUUCUAUAGGAUGAAGGAGCAGGAGGCCCAUAGCCGACUGAAGGCUCUUCGACAGCAGCUGCACGUUAUGCGAGAUCAGCGCAUCCAGGAAGUGUAUGAGACCAAACGAGCCGUAAAGCUGAUGAAAGAUGACCAAAAUCACCGGACCAACAAGCUCGGCAAACUCAACGGCUCCCGAAUCAAGGAUACAUUUACAGGAAAAACUCGAAUCGGGAAAAAUACUCAGGCUUUGGCAGCGAUGGAGACCCCGAGGAUUCCUGAGCGAGAGCAUGAAUUCAUUGCCAGCCGACGGGACUUUAUGCGUCGACAGGAUCCACAAAAUAAUGACGUGUCAUAUCGAUCUGCGAAGCGCAAACUCAAGCACGCACUGCAGGAGUUUUACCGUGGGGUCGAGCUCCUGAAGGGGUAUGCUUAUCUUAACCGGAAGGCCUUUCGCAAGAUCAACAAAAAAUACGACAAAACCGUUAACGCCCGCCCGUUAUUGCGGUACAUGACCGAACGGGUUAACAAAGCAUCCUUCGUGCAGAGCGAAGAGACCGAGAACCUGAUCUCAGCUGUCGAAGAUUUAUAUGCUCGAUAUUUUGAACGUGGUAAUCGCAAACUUGCGGUGUCCAAGCUUCGCCACACCAUCAAUAGAUCCGGGGAUUAUUCCCCCAGCACUUUUCGAGCAGGUCUCCUGCUUAUGGCUGGCUUGCUUUUUGCUAUACAGGCGCUCGUAUAUGCGUCACAGCAUCUGCGCGCUGCUGAAUCAAUGGAGCGGGUUCGCACUAGUUAUUUAUUGCAGAUUUAUGGCGGCUAUUUUCUGAUUGUCUUUCACGUCAUGCUAUUCUCCUUGGACUGCAUGAUCUGGACUAAGUCAAAAAUCAACUAUGCAUUUGUUUUCGAAUAUGAUACCAGGCACACGCUGGAGUGGCGCCAAUUUCUAGAAAUUCCCGCCUUCUUUAUGUUCACCCUGGGCCUUUUCAUGUGGCUCAACUUUUCAUGGGUCAAUGAAAUGUAUAUAUACUGGCCUGUUGUGCUCAUAUUUUUGACCGUGGUUAUCGUCUUCUUGCCAGCCCGAGUGCUGUAUCACCGCAGCAGGAAGUGGUGGGCAUUUUCGAAUUGGCGUCUUUUACUCGCUGGUGUUUACCCUGUCGAAUUCAGAGAUUUCUUUCUCGGUGACAUGUACUGUUCCCAGAGUUACGCUAUGGGGAACAUCGAGCUAUUCUUCUGUCUGUAUGCCAACGCUUGGAGCAAUCCUGCGCAGUGUAACUCGAGUCACUCCAGGCUGCUUGGGUUCUUCACCUGUCUUCCAGCAGUAUGGCGAUCUUUUCAGUGCAUCAGGCGAUAUAUCGACACAAAGAAUGCUUUUCCUCAUCUCUUGAAUCUGGGGAAGUAUAUCUUCAGCAUUCUCUACUACGCCACCCUUAGCAUGUAUCGCAUCGACCGCCACACUCGUUUCCAGGCCUCAUUCAUCACGUUCGCACUCCUGAACUCUGUCUAUACAUCAGUAUGGGACUUGAUAAUGGAUUGGAGUUUGGGUAAUGCUUACGCUAGACAUCCCUUGUUGCGUGAAACGCUAGCUUUUCGACGAGUCUGGGUGUACUACGCCGCAAUGGUCUUGGAUGUCAUCAUUCGGUUUAACUGGAUAUUUUAUGCCAUAUUUGUCAAUGACAUUCAGCAUUCCGCCGUCCUCAGUUUUGUCGUCUCACUCUCGGAAGUCUUCCGUCGAGGCGUCUGGACCAUAUUUCGUGUGGAGAACGAGCACUGCACCAAUGUGCUCCUGUUCCGUGCGUCACGAGACACGCCCCUUCCAUAUGAAAUUGCCGCAACGCCAGCGCUCGAUGGUGCCAAUGUGGACGAUGUCCAGCUUCAGGAACAGCAAAACACUCCUUUCAUGUCUGCAGGCGAUGCUGAACAUGGAACACCAGCAUCUAUCUCCAGCCAACGUGCUCGAAAUCGACGUCCUUCGGCCAGUUUCGCUCGCGUUGGUAACAAGGUUGCGGGUGCCCACGCUGCUGACUUCGAGAGACGACGCCUUCCAUCUUACUUGUCCAGUACGGGAGCUGCGCGUGACGCAUUGCGCAGUACUGAAGAUUCCUCUGAUGAGGACGAAGAGUUAACAACCGAUGAAGACUCGGGUUCGACUGUUGACGGUGGCACCGACCACGUUGACGCGCAGCUGACAGGCGACCAGCGAUCUGCGAUGCACCGGAUUAUUGAAUAA